CCUUGAAGUAUCAAUCUUCCUAAAUGCUGUGAAUGACAUUCAAAGAUCCCGGGUUUUAAUGCGGCGCCCCAAUUCUUAAUGUGUUGUCAAUUAUUCAUAUUAUACCUGUGCACUCAGUAAUACAGAUGCAAUUUGUAGCAAUAUCUCAUCUGUAUAUUUGCAGCGGAUACAAGCUUUUGAGUCAGGAUUGUGAAUUACUUGGUGGCCCAACGAAUUUAGUUGACGGCUUGUAAGAGAACUAAUCUAGACCUACCUAAUUCUCACUACGAUGCCAACAGUUUUCAGCUACAAAAAAUGUGUUUUCAGAUAUAUGCGACGAUUAUUUUCUACAGAGAGUAUCCAAAAUGUUUUAUGUAAAUCUGAGAGAAUUCGGCAUGUUAGUCCACAAGCAGUUCACUGGUUCCCGGGGCAUAUGCGUAAAGGCAUGGACAUUAUUCAUUCUAAAAUACCACUUGUUGAUGUCAUUAUUGAAGUUCACGACGCAAGGAUACCUUUCUCUGGUAGACCUGAGUUUUUUCAAAAGUUUGAGUCGAAUCGUCCUACAAUUUUAUUAAUGAACAAAAUUGACUUGGCCGAACCAAUAAGGGAUCGACAAGUUCAUACAAAUCUGAUUAUUGAAAAAUCACGUAUUAUUAACCGUGGUCCACUUGAAAUAUACUAUACCCAGCUCAAUGCGCCUGAAAAGCAAAAGCAAAUUUUGAAACGACUGAUGUCCAGUUUGCCUCGUUUGGCCACUACCUCGGGACACCCUAUCGGUUCAGCUAUAACAGUCAUGGUCUUAGGUAUACCAAACAGUGGCAAAAGUACUUUAAUUAAUGCUCUACGAGGCAUAGGCCACGGAGGUCCUGGGGGUGCAGCAAGAGUUGGACGUACAGCAGGUCAAACACGUUCUGUCGGCCAACCGAUUAUUUUGUAUAGAGGGAACUCAAGUCAUAUAUCAGGUGAUAACGACGACCGUUUGGUGGGUUUCACUGACCACACAAUUCAGGUGCUUGAUACACCUGGUAUCUUAGAGCCUCAAGCUCGAACUUUAAGUGAAAGACUUAGCCUUUGCGUUUGUGGAGCUGUGGAUUACUCAUUUGUUGAACAAGACUUACUGGUAGACUAUUUAUUAUUUUGGUGGAAUCAUCGUCAACGUACAGAAUACGUUUCCCUUUUUGGUUUAACUGGUCCUACUACAGAUGUUAACGAAUUAUUGAUCAGUGUGUGCGUUAAAAACAAUUUUUUCAUGACUAUGCUCAAACCAAGUUGGUUACCUAAUGAAGUAGAGAAUUCGGAUGAAUUGUGUAAAAAUAAUGUUACUCAGAAAAUGACUAUCCCCGAUAUUAGGCGUGCUGCUUCUUAUAUUCUUAAUCUGUUCAAUAAAGGAUAUUUCGGUCCAACCACUUUCUUACCUGAAGAUGAAAAGUUAGCAGAUAAUUUUUUCCAUCUUAUUAAAAAUCGUUGAAGUGAUUUUUACUGAACAAAUACUUUUGUAAAUUGUACACAACAAACUAUUUGUUAAUAAAUCGUUUAUUGAUAGCUUCUCCGAAUUUUUCUUUAACAGAUUGUAUGUUGUCUG